AUGGCUGCAUUCACCUCACCACCAGAGCCUCCGCGCUCAGUCACCUCGCAGCUCGAAGCAUGGGGCAAAUCAUCCAUGCCCUCAAUGGGCCUCGCGACCCUGGUCACGGCGCUGCACUUCCGCCCCUUCCAGCCGCUGCCCAUGGCCUUCGUGCCCGUGCUCGUCUUCAACAGCUACCUCUCGCUGGCCGGCUGGGCGAUCGACGGCGCCGGCAUGACGGCCGCCUGGAGCGGCAUGUACACCCUGCUGGCCCUCCGCCGCCGGCCCGCGUCGCUGCGCUCAAAGUUCACGGCCCGCGGGCUCGUCCGGGGCGCCGCCAUCGGGCUCGGCGCCGCCAACACCGUCGCCGGCGGCUGGGUCUACUUUAUGGGCGAUCGCGAGAGGGAAAAGGCCGAGAGGGUGACGCGGAACAGGUGGGGUGCGUUUGGCAGGGAGAAGUAG